CUGACUGUAACACAACAUUUUGCUCCUUUUUGUAGGUCAUGGGAAGAAUCACAAAGAUGCCGCGUCUGUGCGUGCCACUCACCCCAUACCAGCCGCCUGUGGGAUCUACUACUUUGAAGUGAAGAUUGUCAGCAAGGGCAGGGAUGGGUAAGGGUUUGCUGAUACUUGGUACCCCCACUGACUGUUCUGACCUCCCACCUUUUUCAUUUUAACACUGUGGUUUGUUUACCCAUGUUAGCUAUUAGCCUCUAAAUCAGUUGAAAAUGGCAUGUUGAGCAAUGUGUAAAGAAACUAAAGAGCGCUGUAAAUAACAGAAGGGAAUUUUGGGACAAAGGAUUUAUCAACAGCUAUUGCCUCAUAUCAGGUUGACUCAUGUUGUCUAAACUGAUGAUGUCGUUGACCUUUGACCUCCUGUUGUUGUCUCCAGGUACAUGGGGAUUGGUCUGUCUGCCCAGGGGGUCAACAUGAACAGACUGCCUGGUGAGUAUCUGGGAAGGCGGUGGCAGACGGGAAUGUUUAGAUUGUAGGAUGAGUGAGGGUUUUGGAGGUCAUAGGGUUCACAGCUAGAACCCUGCCCAUAAUCUUUGCUGGAUUGGUUAAGGAUUGAAGGACAAGGAGUAGUAGUCGGUGUGUGUAAGCUUUGCUUGUUCAGCUGUAAUAGAUUGUGGACAACUAAACCUGUUUUAUUAUCACAACUCAGACAUUGUUAAUCUGCAGAUAGACCUAGAUCUCAUCACACCGUCACUGCAAGAGUGACUGGUGUGAUUCUAGAUAAAAACCACAUCAUAAGGUUCAAUUUUGACUAUUUAAGGGUCACAGUUUUAAGAUGUUAAUCUUUUACAGAUGCUUUGCUACAUUUAGAGUGCUGUGGGAAUCUAUUUAUUGUCUACUCUGGAGAGCCUGGAAUGGAUGGAUCUAGAUUUAAUGUCACAUUGAAACCAUGACUGACUGUUACAGAACAUGCCUAGACUUGUUUGCGCACAGCCGUUAGUAAUGAGCGAUGACAUUUAACAGGCAAAAUACCACCCAAUACCUUUUUUCUCCACAUAAAAGCUUCUCGUGUCUGACCUGUAUGAAGGUCAGGUGAUAGUGGAGCUGCUACAGACAGGACGGCUCACAUUCAUUGAAGAGGAAGGGAGAAAUAAAUGAGUAAUUGUUGAUAAUUUAGUAGUGUUCUCAAGGCCAUCUAAUUCAGUAUAGUCCUAGGGCUGAAAUGGAAUUUACCUCAAUCAUACACUACCGGUCAAAAGUUUUAGAACACCUACUCAUUCAAUGGUUUUUCUUUAUUUUUACUAUAUUCUACAUUGUAGAAUAAUAGUGAAGACAUCAAAACAAUGAAAAGAACACAUAUGGAAUCAUGUAGUAACCAAAAAAAGUGUUAAACAAAUCAGAAUAUAUUUUAUAUUUGAGAUUCUUCAAAUAGCCACCCAUUUGCCUUGAUGACAGCUUUGCACACUCUUGGUAUUCUCUCAACCACCUUCAUGAGGUAGUCACCUGGAAUGCAUUUCAAUUAACAGGUGUGCCUUCUUAAAAGUUAAUGCGUUUGAGCCAAUCAGUUGUGUUGUGACAAGGUAGGGGUGGGGGGUAUACAGAAGAUAGCCCUAUUUGGUAAAAGACCAAGUCCAUAUUAUGGCAAGAACAACUCAAAUAAGCAAAGAGAAACGACAGUCCAUCAUUACUUUAAGACAUGAAGAUCAGUCAAUACGGAACAUUUCAAGAACUUUGAAUGUUUCUUCAAGUGUAGUCGCAAAAACCAUCAAGCGCUAUGAUGAAACUGGCUUUCAUGAGGACCGCCACAGGAAUGGAAGACCCAGAGUUACCUCUGCUGCAGAGGAUAAGUUCAUUAGCGUUACCAGCCCCAGAAAUUGCAGCCCAAAUAAAUGCUUCACAGAGUUCAAGUAACAUACACAUCUCAACAUCAACUGUUCAGAGGAGACUAUGUGAAUCAGGCCUUCAUGGUCGAAUUGCUGCAAAGAAACCACUACUAAAGGACACAAAUAAGAAGAAAAGACUUGCUUGGGCCAAGAAACACGAGCAAUGGACAUUAGACCGGUGGAAAUGUGUCCUUUGGUCUGGAGUCCAAAUUGGGAGAUUUUUGAUUCCAACCGCCGUGUCUUUGUGAGACGCGGUGUGGGUGAACGGAUGAUCUCCGCAUGUGUAUUUCCCACCGUAAAGCAUGGAGGAGGAGGCGUUAUGGUGUGGGUGUGCUUUGCUGGUGACACUGUCUGUGAUUUAUUUAGAAUUCAAGGCACACUUAACCAGCAUGGCUACCACAGCAUUCUGCAGCGAUACGCCAUCCCAUCUGGUUUGGGCUUAGUGGGACUAUCAUUUGUUUUUCAACAGGACAAUGACCCAACACACCUCCAGGCUGUGUAAGGGCUAUUUUACCAAGAAGGAGAGUGAUGGAGUGCUGCAUCAGAUGACCUGGCCUCCACAAUCCCCCGACCUCAACCAAAUUGAGAUGGUUUGGGAUAAGUCGGACCGCAGAGUGAAGGAAAAGCAGCCAACAAGUGCUCAGCAAAUGUGGGAACUCCGUCAAGACUAUUGGAAAAGCAUUCCAGGUGAAGCUGGUUGAGAGAAUGUCAAGAGUGUGCAAAGCUGUCAUCAAGUAAAGAAAAACCCUUGAAUGAGUAGGUGUUCUAAAACUUUUGACCGGGAGUGUAUAUUCCACAAUACAGUUACAGAUAGCCUACUGUAGAAUAGUCAGAGCAUAGAUCAAAUUGGUCAGUCUGCAGCACUCCUGGUUCAGUGAAUGAAGCCAUCCAAGCAGAAACACUCUCAUGCCAGGGCCUGAUGAGAUUGGAUUGGAUGUAACCAAACAGGCUAGUAGAUGAUUGUUUGCCACCAAACACAGAGGAGAGUACAGAGCAGUAUCAGUGUAUGAAUACAGGGCCAUCUGUACCCUGGCCUGGCCCACUGCUCAGCAGUAAUUAGUUAAUCAAACACUUUUCCUUUCAUCACCAGUUUAAAGGUGCACUAUGCAGAAAUCGCUCCCUCAUUUCCUGGUUGCAAGAAUUAUAAUACUUAGUCUAAUUUCAGUUUAUGUGACAAAACAAGCUGUGAAAUAUAUUUUCCAUAACCAAAAAUAUUGUAUUUUCAGCUGUUUGAAGCUGGUGUACAAAAGUGAAAGUAAAAGAUACAAAAGUGAAACUUAAGAACGGGAAGCUUAAACAGCGCACAUUUCUAUGUGAAUUUUGACGGGUCGCCCGAAAAGUUACAUAUUGCAGAAUUAAACAGGCAAUGGGGGAUGAGCAUAAAAUGCAUGUAGAUAAUACAUUCUUGCUUUACUCCAUCAAAUACUCUCUCGCCCUCUCCCCCCACAACCAUGUAUGCACGCACACACACUGUCACACACAGUCACACACAUUAAGAGAUCACUGAUUGGUACAGUGGCUGCUGUAACACAGGACAAGAGGGUGGGUAUAUUUCUGACUUUGGCCCAUGGGAGCUAUGUUUACUCUUGUGCACUGAUGCGAUUCCCUGCCAAUUAGAUCAUUCCUUCGUGCUGCUCUGACCAAUUAUAUGACCCCUGCCUCAGGCUGUGUCACCUGCCUAUUGGGUUCUCCAUGGCGCCUGAGGCCUUUGGAAUGCUUUGGACUCAUCCAGCCAAUUCUACAUGCUCUUGCUGACUACAACUGCUGUUCAUUCACACCCUGCUCUGAGUGCUUCAAAUGUAUAUGUUACACAAUGGUUGGAAUAUGGUGGAAAUGGGUGUGUUGGAGAGUUUAGUUGUAUGAACAUAUUGUUUAUGAAGAUUUAUUUUGUUACUGGGUUUCUUGCACAUUCUAUAUCAACAGACUUUAGUACAUUUGUGUGGGUGGUUGUGUUUCGGUCCUGGCUGUAAUAGUUGUACAUUCCUUGUUGACCUCUGUGUGUCUGAUCCCAAAGUGGAGCCCUGCCCAUUUCAUUAGCAUGUAGGGAACACUGAGCCCAGCUUUAGGAGCAAUAUCCCUGUCGGCGCUGCUCCGCAGAUUAAUCUAAUACCUCACAGUUCACACACGACCUACUUUCUCUGCGCCACUUUCUCUUUUUGGUUGGUGACAGACACUGAUUGAGCCGACAAUAUACACUCUGCAGACACACAUAAGCCUACACAAUACAACCCCCCCCACACAAACACAUGCACUGACUUGAAGAUCUCUUCAUCCACGUCUCCCUCUGCACAUGCGGUCGACUCUCCUUCCCCGUCCCUAUUGAUACCAUGCACACAUAUGUACUGCUCUGUUUGAGUAUGACUCAUCAGUCAGUGCUCCUAUUCAGAGACUGAUGCCUCUCGCUGGCCACCCAGAGUAUUGCACAUGCUACACAGGACACAAGUGGGGAUAUCCAAAUGAAAGAGACCAUUUGUCAGGCUCAGCUCCUCCCUGUGUCACUCUCUUUAUGGGGAUGAUAUUACUCAUCACACUGCUGGGCUCACCCAUCUCACUCCCUCCCCUCGCUAAUGUAUGAGUGGCACUGCCCUAACCAUUAACUGAUGCAUAUGAAUCUAGCUUGAUGUGAGAUGAGAAUGGUUACCUCUAGUUGUAAGUUUAUGGAAGUGUUAGUUCAAUAUGGCUUGAUUGUCUCCAUUGUUUCCUCCAUGUUGUUAAUGUGUAAUACUCAUGUACCAUAGGUCUAGAUUUCCUUUCAUCACUUCUGCCUUUGUCUCCCAUCCCAGGUUGGGACAAGCACUCAUAUGGUUACCACGGCGACGACGGACACUCCUUCUGCUCUUCAGGGACUGGCCAGCCAUAUGGCCCAACCUUCACCACAGGAGAUGUGAUUGGCUGCUGUGUGAACCUAAUUAACAACACCUGUUUCUACACCAAGAACGGCAUCAGUCUAGGUGAGAACUGCACACCAACAGUGCAGGGGAAUAAACAUCCAAGUUAAUUGUUAUAUGAAAAUACACUAUGCUUCACCCAUUUUGAUAUGUUCCCAGGCGAUAUAUAUACAAUUUUGUUUAAGUGAUUGCAAAUUAUAACAUUUUCAAUAUCUUCCAGUAUAUUAACAUUUGUUUCUCUCUGUUUGUUCUCCAGGUGUAGCCUUUACAGACCUCCCUGUGAGUAUUAUACUCAAAUGUGGACAUAUUUCAUUCAAUGUCAAGGACUUCUGUUGUUUUUACGUGCGUAGUAUAUUGUAUAGCAGGGAUCUUCAACUUAUCUUGCCCAGGGACCCCCUCCCAGGCAAACCGGUGACCCAGGGACCCCCAUCAUAUCUUAGCAACACAAUUUUUUUUAAUGUCUUGUCUUAUCAUCAGGUGAAUGAUAAUGGCAAGGAGAAGUAAUCAAUAUUUUAAAAUGAAUAUAUUUAGUAGAACGUUUUUCAUUAUUUUGACCUCCCCACAUUAUAAUUGGAAGAGGAAGUGUAAACUCUAACAAAGCCUAUUACAGUGAGGGAAAAAAGUAUUUGAUCCCCUGCUGAUUUUGUACGUUUGCCCACUGACAAAGAAAUGAUCAGUCUAUAAUUUGAAUGGUAAGUUUAUUUGAACAGUGAGAGACAGAAUAACAACAAAAAAAUCCAGAAAAAAGCAUGUCAAAAAUGUUAUAAAUUGAUUUGCAUUUUAAUGAGGGAAAUAAGUAUUUGACCCCCUCUCAAUCAGAAAGAUUUCUGGCUCCCAGGUGUGUUUUAUACAGGUAAUGAGCUGAGAUUAGGAGCACACUCUUAAAGGGAGUGCUCCUAAUCUCAGUUUGUUACCUGUAUAAAAGACCUGUCCACAGAAGCAAUCAAUCAAUCAGAUUCCAAACUCUCCACCAUGGCCAAGACCAAAGAGCUCUCCAAGGAUGUCGGGGACAAGAUUGUAGACCUACACAAGGCUGGAAUGGGCUACAAAACCAUCGCCAAGCAGCUUGGUGAGAAGGUGACAACAGUUGGUGCGAUUAUUCGCAAAUGGAAGAAACACAAAAUAACUGUCAAUCUCCCUCGGCCUGGGGUUCCAUGCAAGAUCUCACCUCAUGGAGUUGCAAUGAUCAUGAGAACGGUGAGGAAUCAGCCCAGAACUACACGGGAGGAUCUUGUCAAUGAUCUCAAGGCAGCUGGAACCAUAGUCACCAAGAAAAUAAUUGGUAACACACUACGCCGUGAAGGACUGAAAUCCUGCAGCACCCGCAAGGUCCCCCUGCUCAAGAAAGCACAUAUACAGGCCCGUCUGAAGUUUGCCAAUGAACAUCUGAAUGAUUCAGAGGAGAACUGGGUGAUGUGGUCAGAUGAGACCAAAAUCAAGCUCUUUGGCAUCAACUCAACUCGUCGUGUUUGGAGGAGGAGGAAUGCUGCCUAUGACCCCAAGAACACCAUCCCCACCGUCAAGGUGGAAACAUUAUGCUUUGGGGGUGUUUUUCUGCUAAGGGGACAGGACAACUUCACCGCAUCAAAGGGACGAUGGACGGGGCCAUGUACCGUCAAAUCUUCGGUGAGAACCUCCUUCCCUCGGCCAGGGCAUUGAAAAUGGGUCGUGGAUGGGUAUUCCAGCAUGACAAUGACCCAAAACACACGGCCAAGGCAACAAAGGAGUGUCUCAAGAAGAAGCACAUUAAGGUCCUGGAGUGGCCUAGCCAGUCUCCAGACCUUAAUCCCAUAGAAAAUCUGUGGAGGGAGCUGAAGGUUCGAGUUGCCAAACGUCAGCCUCGAAACCUUAAUGACUUGGAGAAGAUCUGCAAAGAGGAGUGGGACAAAAUCCCUCCUGAGAUGUGUGCAAACCUGGUGGCCAACUACAAGAAACGUCUAACCUCUGUGAUUGCCAACAAGGGUUUUGCCACCAAGUACUAAGUCUUGUUUUGCAAAGGGGUCAAAUACCUCUUUCCCUCAUUAAAAUGCAAAUCAAUUUCUAACAUUUUUGACAUGCGUUUUUCUGGAUUUUUUUGUUGUUAUUCUGUCUCUCACUGUUUUAAAUAAACCUACCAUUAAAAUUGUAGACUGAUCAUGUCUUUGUCAGUGGGCAAACGUACAAAAUAAGCAGGGGAUCAAAUACUUUUCUCCCUCACUGUAGCUAGAAAGGUAACUCCAAACACAUUUUUGCUAAGAGCAGCUGUUUAGCUGGUUAAACAAAGGUUAGCCAUUGUUAGCAAAAAUGAAUGUCCAAGUCAAGAAAGCUUACCAGCAGCACUGGUAGCCUAUGCACAGGUGCUUUUUCAAAGCCUAUGUCAGAUACUCCAGUGAGUGUAAUUGGCUCCAAAUGAGUGUAAUUUGCACAAUAUUAGUAAUUGAGAAACAAAGUUGACAUAAUUAGAAAUAAGAUAUUCUCCUCUUUUCUACUGAAGGUAUGUAAUUCAAAAUGUGUUUAUUCUGUUGCUAGCGAUAUUCAUAAAAACACGUAUUUUGGUUUUAUAUUGUCGUGGACUCCCGGUUGAAAACCCAUGUUGUAUAGUAGUCUAUACUGUUUCCUUGACUUCCCCAUCUGACAUUCUUUACGGGUGCCAAUUAAUAGUGUGUAUAGUAGCCUUGAAUAUUAUUUUGAAUAAUAAUCUUUAAAUUAGGGUAAUUCAGUAGCGGCAGCUUUGCUGCUUCCAUUAGUGAUGAUGAUAUGAAUGUCCUAUAUUAUUCACGGUUGCCAUGCCAUCAAGUGAUCAAAAUUAAUGGCAAGUUCUUCCUAUUAUGGCCAGAGGGGGAAUGUGCGCUUGCCAAGGUGUGCAAUGCUAAUAUUGUAUAUACCUGUGUGUUCACACCUAACCCUCUACCCACAGCCCAACCUGUACCCCACCGUGGGCCUGCAGACUCCAGGAGAGAUUGUGGAUGCUAACUUUGGCCAGCAGCCCUUUGUGUUUGACAUUGAGGACUAUAUGAGUGAAUGGAGGGCUAAGAUCCAUGGCAUGAUCGCCCGCUUCCCCAUCGGAGAGAGACUGGGGGAGUGGCAGGCAGUGCUGCAGAAGUAAGGGAUCCAUACCGACAUUACACUUUUCACCCUAACAGACUACUGUGUCUUUCUCUACUACUGUAAGGCUAAACCAUGUCUUUGAUUCUUCCAGUAUGGUAUCCACCUACCUGGUGCAUCAUGGGUACUGUGCUACGGCCACAGCCUUCGCCAGGGCUACAGAGACCUUGAUCCAAGAGGACCAGACCUCCAUAAAGAACAGACAGAGUGAGAACCACACAAAGGCUCCACACUGACAAUACCACGGAAACACUGAGGAGCAAUCACUGUCAUACAUUUGCUCACAGUCAUCCAUUCAAUCAGUUUUGAAUGAUAAUAUGCCUCUUUCUGCCCACAGGAAUACAGAAGCUGGUAUUGUCAGGGCGGGUUGGAGAGGCCAUCGAAGCCACACAGCAGCUGUACCCUGGGCUCCUAGAACACAACCCCAAUCUACUCUUCAUGUUGAAGUGAGCAGCCUUGAACCAACUAUGGGACUCUUUUAUAGUGUUAAUCUAAAGGUUCAAUUAAGGAGUAUUGGAAUUGUGGGGCUUAAAUAAGCACUCUCUGCUGGUCUUGUAGUGUCUUUGCAGGCUCAGGCACAUACAACACAACCCCAGGAGCAUUUUUGCAGUAAAGCUCUGGUCUGCUGCCCAGCUGUGUGUUUAUGGCACAAAGACAUUAGAUGACAUUAAUAAAUACUGUGGUCUGCUGAGAGAUAUUUGGAGACGCAGACCCACAGCAAGGUGGCCAUUAUUUAUGGCUUUCUUAUAGAGGAAGAGAGGAGCUUGUUGUAGCAGUUACACAGAGGUGGGAGGGGGCAGGGUAAGCACAAGGUUAGUUGUUGCCGCCGAGGGAACUCCUGAUUUGAUUGGUCAUGCUUGUUGCUCCAUUUUGUCAUGGAAGACGAGAGAGCAGAACAGAACAGGCAUUCAUCCGGUCACAGUGACAUGUAUCCAUAAAGCCAGAUAGAUACUCAUACUCCGUAACCAGUCUGACUUGUUACAUUUACACAUUUCUGGGUACAAAGACAUGAUCUUACACAGCCUCACCUUUGCCGACUUCUGAAAGCAACUGAAGUUUUGCAGUAAUUAUAGUUGACAAUUGUUUUCAUUCAGACUGCAUGAGAUAUCUGACAGUUAAGCAGAAUGAAAGGUUUAAUAUCAGAUGGUACAAUGUAUUCCAGGACAAAGCAUGUCAGACAUUGUAACAGAUUGUAGAGUAGUGAUCACACUGAGAUUGCUAGUGGAGUGGUUGAUGUGAAUGAUGUCAGAGUGAUAGACCGUAGAUUGUAGAGUAGAUGUCAGACAGAGUCAUGGUUGCCCGUCCCUCCCAGGUGUCGGCAGUUUGUGGAGAUGGUGAACGGUACAGACAGUGAGGUACGAUGCUUUAGUGUCCGCUCCCCCAAGUCCCAGGACAUCUACCCGGGCUCCCCCAGCCUGAGCCCCCGACAUGGAGCCACCAACCCUAAUCUGCACAGUGCAGGUAAGGGAAACGCCUGCAAACACACCUUCACACUUACUUAUCCAUCUGCCCAGUGUGUUAAAAACACAAAUGAGAUAAGGGAGAGUAUUGUCUAUCUAUUGUAUAUGUCUGUUUCACCCUGGCUCUCUGUCCUCUCCAGGAGCAGACAGCCCUACAUGCAGUAACGGGGUCACCCCUCCCAACAAGAACAAGAGCCACAACAAGUACCCAGGUGUCAGCUCUGCCUCCUCCUCCUCCUCUUCCUCCCCUUCCUCUGUCAACUACUCUGAGUCCAACUCCACUGACUCCACCAAGUCCCAGCCUCACAGUGGCACCAGCAACCAGGAGGAGACCAGGUGUGUGGCAAGGCAAGGGUCUUUGUGUUUGAUUAUUAGUGUGGUUGUGUUUUUACUGGUGUGCCAGGUGUGUGUCUGUGAGUGUGGGAGAAAGGCAGACCAUCUGCGGUAUUAUGACGGAUGACUGAACCUGUCCAUGUGUUUGUGUGCUCUGCAGUGACAGUGAGAUGGAGAUUGAGGCUGAGCACUACACUAACGGGGUGGCAGAGAACCCCUCUGCUCGGAUCAUGAAUGGCACCUACAAGCACCAGGAAAUCCUGCAGGCUGAGGACAGCAGCCUGGGCAAUGGAGUGGCAGGUACAGACGCUUGACACAUGCACACACACACGCUUACUGUUUUGAUUGUCAGGCGCACACACCCUGCCCCAGGUGUCAAUGUCACUCCCACAAUGUUUUCUUUGUCACUUUUGUCUCCCUCUCUCUGACUCUGUCACUGUGUGUGUCUGCUUUUCUCUGUCUCUCUGUUUUUCCUUUCUGGCUGGCUGGAUAUCUGGGGAUGUGUGUUGCUAAAUUGAGCUCAAACAUAAUCCAGUCAGACAGAUGUUUGUCUCGUCAAGGUUGCUAAAUGAAAUAGACAGCAGCUUAUUUUAUUUUAUUUAAUUUUUUUGGCGUGUCACUGACAUUAUGAAAAUGUGAAUGAAAGUGUGUAUGUAUACAGUAUGUGUCCAUAUCAGUAUUGUUUUAAUUUUAAUGUAAAAAAAUUUACCCUUAUUUUACCAGGUAAGUUGACUAAGAACACAUUCUCAUUUACAGCAACGACCUGGGGAAUAGUUACAGGGGAGAGGAGGGGGGAUGAAUGAGCCAAUUGGAAGCUGGGGAUGAUUAGGUGGCCAUGAUGGUAUGAGGGCCAGAUUGGGAAUUUAGCCAAGACUCCAGGGUUAACACCCCUACUCUUACAGUAAGUGCCUAUGGGAUCUUUAGUGACCACAGUGAGUAUGUUAUUAUGUGAAGUGUCAAAUGCACUCUGUCUGUGGCUGCCCUCUGAGCCUGGUGGCUGUGUGUGUCCUGGUAGAAGAUAGCUGUGCCUCCAGACAGCUGUGCGGAGGGAACCAGGCAGCCACAGAGAGGAUGAUCCAGUUUGGCCGCGAACUGCAGGGCCUCAACGAGCAGCUGUGCCGUGAAUACGGCAAGAACGCCACACACAAAAAGAUGCUACAGGUACCCAGGGGGGAGGGGGUGUCAUGAGUCAGGACAGGUGGGGGAGUUUUCACACAAAAGAAGACUGGCACACUGUGGGACACUGGCUGCGUUCACGCAGGCAGCCCAAUUCUAAUAUGUUUUCCACUAAUUGGUAUUUUGACCGAUCACAUCAGAUCUUUUCACAUCAGAUCUUUUUCAGAGCUGAUCUGAUUACGUGGAAAAAAAGAUCCGAAUUGGACUGCCUGUGUAAACACAGCCUAUGACUCACGAAUUGUAUAAUUGUCAACCACCGCCCUGGGGAAGGUUUGGUUUUUGGUUAUACUGCAGUACAAUGACUUCUGAACUGUUUACACACUACUACUUGUAUAUGACCAUUUUUCUCUCACAAUUAAGGUAGAUUCACUGAAAGUGUCUGAUGUUCCCUCUGUUUAAGACCAUUAUACUGCCUCCAAAUCAUAGUCAUUAAUGGGCUUUUACUGGUCCUGCUGUUUUCUCUUUCUCGCGAUCUCCCUAUCCCUUUCUCUCUUUCUUUUAUCACAGGAUGCGUUCAGUCUAUUAGCAUAUUCGGAUCCCUGGAACUGCCCAGUGGGGCAACAGCUAGAUCCAAUGCAGAGAGAAAAUAUCUGCUCUGCUCUUAACAGCGCCAUCUUGGGUAAGGCUAAGUUUCACAUACAGUACACAAUGUCAUGAAUACACAGAGAAAAAUAGAAAUAACUCACGCUCACACAAGCUAUUUUUCUUUUUCUACAAUUAUGUUUUUGGGGCAGUUACUCCCAGCACCACAAAAGUGAUAAGCUUGGUAGUGUGUAUGUUAACUCUCUUCUAAUGAAUACACACUGCACAUUUUCCAUGUACAUGUUUGAGUCACACAUGCUUUAUUAGCUAAUGUACACACCCUGAUGUUGUCUUUUGGCCCCUCAGAGUCUCAGAACUUGCCUAAGCAGCCCCCUCUGAUGCUGGCUCUGGGUCAGGCCACAGAGUGUGUCCAGCUCAUGGCCAGGGUCCGCUCAGGCUCCUGUUCCUUUGCCAGAGUAGACAACUUUUUGCACUAGCCCCAGUCCAGGUGAGUCUGGACAGACACCCACACAUACUCCCCUCCCCUUAUAGCGCCACAUCAAAGCACUGUUUAACCUAUAAGGAACUUUUUAGGAAUGUUUUUGACUACACAUGGCCCAUGCUGUUAGUGUCAAGUUGAUCAAGAAGGAUUGUCGGGUUACAGUUUGGAGUACAGCGAUAGUGUUGGAUAGAUUACAAUACAGCAGUUCCAAAAAUGUUUAUUUCAUUCCUAAGGCAAUGUUCAGGACUGCUAAGAAGAGGUCUUUCCAAUUGGUUGCCAGAUGACUGAGGAGAGCAUGUGUUUGAAUUGGUGUGUCGCUUGCCAUUUGGCAGAAGCAGAUGGACAGGGGAAUGAGUAGAACAUGAAGAAAGCUUAUUUUUAAUUUAGUAUUAUCAAAUACAAAAUGUGUGACUCUAUUUAAAGAUAAUUAAUUAUUAUUCUGUUUAUCUAGUCAUUUUCUCGUUUUAUUUGGUCAGUUUGUUGUGCUCAUCUUGAAAAAAAUAAUCUAAUUCCGUUUUUUGUUUUUGAGUGGAUUUCAAUUCCCUACACAGUAUUUUAAAGAUGUUCAUCAUAUCAAAGAAAUUCACAUUAGCAUGCUUUGUCGUUACCAAGCAAGAUACUCUGGUUUCUUUCAUUCAGAACUCAGGUAUUCACAGCACCUUUGUCAUCUCAGUAUGGGAUAUUGUAGACAGAGGUAGGUUUACCCAGCAGUACAGUGGCUCCUAUUUAGGACCUGCAUUUUUUGGUUCAAAUUCUUACUUCUUAGUAUGCCUUUACUCCAGAAGCUCAUUUAAUUUAAAGUUAAAGGACUGAAUUUGCUUCUGAGAGUACACAUGGCUGUAAGCCACUAACCUGCUGGUCACCUCUGAUCCCCACACAGUAGCAUUCACCUCAGAUCACACAAUGAUGACACUGAUUCAUUUGUGAGUUUCAAUAUAAGUGUAGUAUAUUUCCAAUCAAGUGUCUCCAUUAGUUUGAUGUGUAACAUAUACAGUAACAAUACACAGACAUACAGUACUGUGGUUAAUUUUGAAU